UGUGUCCUCCAGCGAGCGAGAUCUUAUUAGGCAUGUUUUAAAGACGAAAGAUCAAGUGAGAGACGACCAGCAGCAGAACUUCGAGUCUUGAGCGCACAGACAUGAAUUCAAGGUGGAUAUUGUCGCUUCUGCUGGUUAUCGGCUUUGCUUUUGCUGUUAAUGCACAAGGGCGAAGUAUUAUUGGAAUACGGACUGAGGAUGGAACAGUUAUUGAUGAUGUAGCAUUAGAUAUACUGCAGAGCGGGCUUACCACCGUGUUCUUCCCGAUCGUCUACACCAUUGUGUUCGUGGUGGGCCUAAUUGCAAAUGGGAUGGCCAUAUGGGUGUUCCUCUUCAGAACCAAGAAGAAGCACCCUUCCUCCAUCUACAUGGCCAACCUUGCCUUGGCCGACCUGCUGUUCGUUGCCUGGAUGCCUCUGAAAAUUUCCUACCACGUAAAUGGAAACAACUGGUUCUACGGGGAGCCCAUGUGCAAAGUCCUGGUGAGCUUCUUCUAUGGGAACAUGUACUGUUCGGUGCUGUUCAUCACCUGCCUCAGCGUGCAGAGGUACUGGGUCGUGGCAAACCCGCUGAGUUCGCAAAGGAAGAACAACAAAGUCGCUAUCAGCGUCUGUGUGGCUAUCUGGGUUUUCAUUUGGAUCACCUCCAUUCCUCUGUACCUGUACAAUCACACAACUAAGAUCAAGGGCACGAACAUGACAACCUGCCAUGACGUGAUCGUCAUAGAUCCAAAUGCCGAAGACCCCUACCCUUUUAUCAAGUACCCAUUCUUCUACUUCAUGUUCAUGGCCACAGUCUCAUUCUUCAUCCCUUGCAUCGUACUCAUUGUGGCGUACGUGUUGCUGCUCAAAACUCUGGGGAGCAACACGGUCGACAGCAGUGCGACAAAGACACGGCGCAAAGCCGUCGUGUUGAUCUUGGUUGUCCUGGUGACCUUCCUCGUCUGCUUCAUCCCCAGCAACGUAAUGCUGGUGGUGCACUAUGUCCUGGUGAAAACCGAAAUGGUAGACAAAGGCUACGGCUUUUACAUCACGUCGCUGUGUCUGGCGAGCCUCAACAGCUGCCUGGACCCUUUCAUCUACUACUUUGUGUCGGACGAGUUCAGGGAGCACGUGAAGAACACGCUGCUGUGCCGCAGCAACAGAACCGUGGAACAGGAGAAGGCCUCGUACAGCUCCAUGAAGUACUCCAGGAAGAGCCGGUUGUUCGUGUCGGCGAGCACCAACACGGAGAGCAGCACCUGUUAGCAACGGAGCCCAGACUGCUCCACGCUGUGGGUGCUUCCACUCUUCUGCACUGAUGUUGUCGUCCACCGUGAACCCGACCAAAGAUGAACUCUGAACCUCGAUAGGACUGCAGCUUGUGAUGUGUGACUUUACCAGGAGCUGCUCAGUGUUAAACUGUGAAUCAUUAUAUGUUUUGUUUUAUGUUAUGUUAUGUGUAAAUAGUUGUAAACGUGUGGGUCAACUGUUAAAGACUGACAUUUAUGGCAUGAGAUGCAUUAAGUGGGAUUUUCCUGGACAGCGCAGAUUUCCAAUGUUUAAGGUCGGAUCUGCUUUUUUUUAACUGCCAGUCUUGAAUCAAACAUGAAAUGAAAAGAUUACCAGAUUAUUACCACUUACCAAUUGAAGCUAAUAUUUCUAACUUUUGCAUAGACAAAGAAAAACGUCCUCAAAAGUCCUGAUGAGUUUAUAAAAGGUGGACAUUUCUACUUUCUAACAAUCUGAUGGAUAUAGAAAAACAAGAAUUCGGUAUUUAUCUAUUUUAUAGCCGGUUAGUGUAUAUUUUUAUUUAUACUAUACAGGAAAUAAAUGCAAAUUGUAUAUAUUAAAUGGCUACAAUUGUUCAGUCUGAUUGUAAGAAAAUGUAAAAAAAAAUAUAUUCAUAUUUUUGUAAUUUUUUUUUGCACAUUUUUCAUAAAAAAUGUUCCUCUCGUCGUUUGAAUUGAUUUUAAACCUUUUGUUGUUGAGCUUUUGACGUUGUUACGUAUUUCCUUAAAUAAACGGAACAAAAACACGGUUUCUGUGAAA